AUGUCGGAAGAUGAACAAACACCCUUGAGAAGGCCAUCCCAUGCCUUCUUGGACCAGCCUAUUGGUUCGUUCAAGGGCCCCAACUCCAUCCACAACUUUGCUACCUCAUUCACAAGAGCCCAAGCAUUCAAUGCUUCAAUGCUUGACCCAGAUAUCCACCGUAAGAGAUCGUUCUUUGUUUCUCCUGGUCAGCGUGCUACUGAGCACUCAUUUUUGGACUUUGAAGAUGACGAUGACGCUGAGGGAGACGAGGUCCUCUUUGACCCUGACUUGAUGAUCCCUUCCCAGCGUGGUCAGCGACUAUCCACGGUCAUCCACGACGUUCAGAGCCACAGAAACCAACUGUUCAUGAACGAUAACUUGCACCAACACUUCUCACCAAACGCCGAGGUGUUCUAUACGGAAGACUAUCCCUCCAUCAGUCAUUCUAGGCAUAACUCAACCGUUGCCCGUGAUCCUUACCGCGAUAGCUAUACCUUACCAGCGGGUAGCCAAGGUGCGUUCUCAAUACCAAUCGGCGGUAAAAAAAUUAUACCACUGAAGUCAUUUGCUUCCAUCCGUUCUGCUAUUUCUAAUUUUACCACUGCAUCUCAAUUUAACCUUAAGCAGAUUGAAGAUAAAGAUGGACAUGUCAUUACAGUCCUUUCCGGGCAAUCCACUGCCCCGCAAACUGUUUUCAACUCCAUUAACGUAUUGAUCGGGGUAGGUCUUUUGGUUCUUCCAGUUGGAAUCAUGAAAGCAGGUUGGCUCUUGGGUGUACCGUUUUUACUCGGCAGUGGGUUAGCAACUCUCUGGACCGCCCGUCUUUUAUCCAAGGCCAUGGACACGGAUGCAACUAUUAUGACCUAUGCAGAUUUAGGUCAUGCAGCCUAUGGAUCUGCAGCCAAGUUGGCAAUCCUGCUUUUGUUUUCCAUUGAUUUGCUUGGAGCUGGAGUUUCGUUGAAUGUGUUGAUGAGUGACUCACUAUAUGCGUUACUUGGUGCAAAUUUAGGCUGGACCAAAGUUCAAUUCAAAGUAUUAUGCUUUUUCAUCCUUACGCCCUUUUCAUUCAUACCACUCCCUAUUUUGUCAAUUUUCUCACUCUUUGGGAUCAUGGCAACUGUCUCCAUUACCUUAUUGGUUUUCAUUGUCGGGAUUAUAAAACAAGAUUCUCCUGGUUCUUUGAUCGACUUCAUGCCAACUAAUUUAUACCCUCAAUCCUUUCCAGAUCUCUUACUCUCUAUAGGGAUAUUUUUAUCACCAUUUGGUGGGCAUGCUAUCUUUCCCAACUUAAAAUCUGAUAUGAGACAUCCAUAUAAAUUCAGCAAGACUUUGUUCCCAACUUAUUUCAUCAGUAUCUUGGUAGAUAUGUCUAUGGGAGUUUUGGGAUUUUUGAUGUUUGGAGCAUUAUGUGAAAAUGAAGUUACUAAUAGCAUUCUUUUCACUCCAGGUUAUCCACUGUGGUGUUAUCCAUUGAUUUCUGGUUUAAUAUGCAUAGUCCCAUUGGCUAAGACGCCUUUGAAUGCAAAGCCAAUUAUUCUGAGUUUGGACACAUUAUUGGGUAUUGAUGCCAGAAAUGGGGUUAAUUCACUGCAUUCAUAUUUCAAGAAGUCGUUCUUCUCGUUCUCCAGGUUUUUGGUCAGAGUGUUCGUCAACGCUGUGUUCGUAAUUCUUGCUAUUUUGUUUCCAGAACUUGAAAAGGUCAUCGGUAUGCUUGGUGCGCUGAUCUGCUUUAUUGUUUGCAUCAUAUUCCCGUGCUUGUUUUACUUGAAGCUUUGCAAGGAAAAUGUGUCAGCUUUCGAACGGUUUAUUAUUAGACUUACCAUCUUCGUUAGUGCUGUUUUGGCAGUAUCUGCGACAUAUGCAACAAUAAUGUUCUAG